GCUACCGUUGUCGCUGCCAUGAGUCGCAACUAUAAUGAUGAGCUGCAGUUCUUGGAAAAAAUCAAUAAAAACUGCUGGAGGAUCAAGAAGGGCUUCGUGCCCAACAUGCAGGUUGAAGGCGUUUUCUAUGUGAAUGAUGCUCUGGAAAAACUGAUGUUUGAGGAAUUAAGGAAUGCCUGUCGAGGUGGUGGUGUUGGUGGCUUCCUGCCAGCCAUGAAACAGAUUGGCAAUGUGGCAGCCCUGCCUGGAAUUGUUCAUCGAUCUAUUGGGAUUCCUGAUGUCCAUUCAGGAUAUGGGUUUGCCAUUGGAAAUAUGGCAGCCUUUGAUAUGAAUGACCCUGAAGCAGUGGUAUCCCCAGGUGGUGUCGGGUUUGACAUCAACUGUGGUGUCUGCUUGCUAAGAACCAAUUUAGAUGAAAGUGAUGUCCAGCCUAUGAAGGAGCAACUUUCCCAAGCUAUGUUUGACCACAUUCCUGUUGGGGUAGGAUCAAAAGGUGUCAUCCCAAUGAAUGCCAAAGACUUGGAGGAGGCCUUGGAGAUGGGGGUGGACUGGUCCUUAAGAGAAGGGUAUGCCUGGGCUGAAGACAAGGAGCACUGUGAGGAGUAUGGAAGGAGGCUGCAAGCUGACCCCAAUAAGGUCUCUCCAAGGGCUAAGAAAAGAGGCCUUCCUCAGUUGGGGACCCUGGAAGCAGGCAACCAUUAUGCAGAAAUCCAGGUUGCGGAUGAGAUUUUCAAUGAGUACGCUGCUAAGAAAAUGGGCAUCGACCAUAAGGGACAGGCAUGUGUGAUGAUCCACAGUGGAAGCAGAGGCCUGGGCCACCAAGUAGCCACAGAUGCUUUGGUAGCUAUGGAGAAGGCCAUGAAGAGAGACAAGAUUAUAGUCAAUGAUCGGCAGUUGGCCUGUGCUCAAAUCGCUUCCCCAGAGGGUCAAGACUACCUGAAGGGAAUGGCAGCAGCUGGGAACUAUGCCUGGGUCAACCGCUUUUCCAUGACCUUCUUAACCCGGCAGGCUUUUGCCAAGGUCUUCAACACAACCCCUGAUGACUUGGACCUCCACGUGAUCUAUGAUGUUUCGCACAACAUUGCCAAAGUGGAGCAGCAUGUGGUGGAUGGAAAGGAACGGACACUGUUGGUACACAGGAAGGGAUCCACCCGCACAUUCCCACCUCACCAUCCACUCAUUGCUGUUGAUUACCAACUCACUGGACAACCAGUGCUCGUCGGUGGCACCAUGGGAACCUGUAGUUAUGUUCUUACUGGCACUGAACAGGGCAUGACUGAGACCUUUGGAACAACCUGUCAUGGAGCGGGCCGUGCAUUGUGCCGAGCAAAAUCUCGACCUAAUUUAGAUUUCCAGGAUGUCUUAGACAAAUUGACAGAUAUGGGAAUUGCAAUCCGUGUUGCUUCACCCAAACUGGUUAUGGAAGAGGCUCCUGAGUCCUAUAAGAAUGAGACAGAUGUGGUGAAUACCUGCCAUGAUGCUGGAAUCAGCAAGAAAGUCAUUAAACUGAGACCAGUUGCUGUGAUCAAAGGAUAGAACCUUGGACAGCAGGGCCACUAGACACCACUGACCCUCUGUGAAAUGGAAGUAGACGGACAUGCCCUUCCAAACCUCAGACUCAAGUCAGGACAGGUUCCAAAGCGUGCAGCUGUAACUGCUUGUGCCAAAAUGGCUGACGGGGAGGCUGCUGCUUUCAGGAGCCAGUGCUUGUGAAAUAAUCGUCCAGGAAGAGGAACCUCUGGAAAGGGAGGAAUACACCUUCUCCUUGGUUGUUCCACAGAGUUUUAGGAAAAUCUGUUAGGGGUGGGUAGGUGUCAAGAAACUGCCUUACGCAGUCAUACAAGUCUUUAGCCAUCAGAUGGAACUUCGCUAUGCCAAGCUGUGUUUACAUUCCGAGAGGUGUCAUGAAGAAAGUUCUAUUAAAUA